UCUUCCGUUUUCCGGUGAGGCGACAGGGCAUCCCAUUCCUGACGAUCGUAUUUAUACCCUCCCCCUUCAAUAAUAGGUGCCCUCCACAGCUGCGAGUGUGACUUCUUUUGGAGUGACACUCGGUAGUGGAGGGGGAGUGUGUGGGGGGCGGUUUGGGAUUCAGCCUGACUCACGCUCAGCGGCUGUGUACUCACUGGGAAAGUCUGACAGGAGGUCCUCACGUACUUCGGUGAGAAGCCAGUUUCCAAGGGAGAAAAGUCGUUACAGUGGUGGAAGUCAAAUGAGGUGAAGUACCCCUUUUUGUCAAGGUGAUCGGCAGGAGGAGAGUCUGAUGGAGGAGCUGAGGAGGAGAAGAGGAACAAUGAAAUCUUCACAAAAAAAACAUGAAAGCAGCAGUCAAGUGAGACAUCAGAAAUCUGCAGAGGAAAACAAUGGGUCCCCAACAACAACAACCAGAGAUGAAUCACUUAGUUGUGAGCAAUGCAGCAAGACUUUUAUCACAGCAAGAAAGCUAAGAAUUCACAAACGCAUUCACAGUGGAGUUAAAACGUUCAGCUGUGAUCAGUGUAAGAAGACUUUUACUCGCAAGAGUCUUUUAACAAGACACCAACUCAUUCAUAGUGGAGUUAAGCCAUUCAGCUGUGACCAGUGUGGGAAGACUUUUACUCACAAGAGUCAUUUAACAAGACACCAACUCAUUCACAUUGGAGUUAAACCAUUCAGCUGUGACCAAUGUGGGAAGACUUUUACUACCAAGAGUAGUUUAAUAACACAUCAACUCAUUCACAGUGGAGUUAAACCAUUCAGGUGUUACCAGUGUAAGAAGACUUUCACUCAAAAGAGUAGUUUAACAACACAUCAACUCAUUCACAGUGGAGUUAAAGCAUUCAGCUGUGACCAGUGUGGGAAGACUUUUACUCACAAGAGUCAUUUAACAAGACACCAACUCAUUCAUAGUGGAGUUAAACCAUUCAGCUGUGACCAGUGUGGGAAGACUUUUACUCACAAGAGUCAUUUAACAAGACACCAACUCAUUCACAGUGGAGUUAAACCAUUCAGCUGUGACCAAUGUGGGAAGACUUUUACUACCAAGAGUAGUUUAACAACACAUCAACUCAUUCACAGUGGAGUUAAACCAUUCAGUUGUUACCAGUGUAAGAAGACUUUCACUCAAAAGAGUAGUUUAACAACACACCAACUCAUUCACAGUGGAGUUAAAGCAUUCAGCUGUGACCAGUGUGGGAAGACUUUUACUCACAAGAGUCAUUUAACAAGACACCAACUCAUUCAUAGUGGAGUUAAAGCAUUCAGCUGUGACCAGUGUGGGAAGACUUUUACUCACAAGAGUCAUUUAACAAGACACCAACUCGUUCACAAUGGAGGUGAACCAUUCCACUGUGAUCAGUGUGUGAAAACCGUUACUGGACAUAAACAGUUGUUGAUCCGUCAAUGCCCCCACUCUGGUAGAAAGCGGUACCACUGUGACUACUGUGAAAAAACUUUCAAGCGCCAUGGGAGCCUAAAACGUCAUCAACACCAAUUCCACACUGGAUAUAAUGUGUUCGUAUGUGAUUACUGUGGCAAACCAUUUGUACAGUAUGCACAGUUAAAAGCCCAUGAAGUGACCCACACCGGGGUUAAACCAUACCUUUGUGACCAGUGUGGGAAAGGCUACCGCUGCAUUCAACACCUCAAAGCUCACCAAUGUGUCCACACUGGGAAGAGACCAUACAGAUGUGACGAGUGUAAGAAGACUUUUACAACUUUGGGUUCCCUGAAACAACACGAGCAGAUCCACAGCAGAAAGAAUGCAUUCAAUCGGUGUCACAGUGAGAAACAUGAAAAGGGGAAUGAAGUGAGACAUCAGAAAUCUGCAAAGAAAAACAAUGGGUCCACAACAACAACAACCAGAGAUGAAUCACUCAGUUGUGAGCAAUGCAGCAAGACUUUUAUCACAGCAACAAAGCUAAGAAUUCACAAACGCAUUCACAGUGGAGUUAAAACGUUCAGCUGUGAUCAGUGUAAGAAGACUUUUACUCGCAAGAGUCAUUUAACAAGACACCAACUCAUUCAUAGUGGAGUUAAAGCAUUCAGCUGUGACCAGUGUGAGAAGACUUUUACUCGCAAGAGUAGUUUAACAACACACCAACUCAUUCACAGUGGAGUUAGAGCAUUCAGCUGUGACCAGUGUAAGAAGACUUUUACUCACAAGAGUAGUUUAACAACACACCAACUCAUUCACAGUGGAGUUAAACCAUUCAGCUGUGACCAGUGUGGGAAGACUUUUACUCGCAAGAGUAGUUUAACAACACAUCAACUCAUUCACAGUGGAGUUAAACCAUUCAGCUGUGACCAAUGUGGGAAGACUUUUACUCACAAGACGUAUUUAACAAAACACCAACUCAUUCACAGUGGAGUUAAACCAUUCAGCUGUGACCAGUGUGGGAAGACUUUUACUCACAAGAGUCAUUUAACAAAACAUCAACUCAUUCACAGUGGAGUUAAACCAUUCAGCUGUGACCAGUGUGGGAAGACUUUUACUCUAAAGGGUAUUUUAACAAGACACCAACUCAUUCACAGUGGAGUUAAAGCAUUCAGCUGUGACCAAUGUGGGAAGACUUUUACUCACAAGAGGAAUUUAACAACACACCAACUCAUUCACAGUGGAGUUAAACCAUUUAGCUGUGACCAGUGUGGGAAGACUUUUACUACCAAGAGUAAUUUAACAUCACAUCAACUCAUUCACAGUGGAGGUGAACCAUUCCACUGCGAUCAGUGUGUGAAAACAGUUACUGUACAUGAACAGUUGUUGAUCCGUCAAUGCCCCCACUCUGGUAGAAAGCGGUACCACUGUGACUACUGUGAAAAAACUUUCAAGCGCCAUGGGAGCCUAAAACGUCAUCAACGCCAAUUCCACACUGGAUAUGAUGUGUUCGUAUGUGAUUACUGUGGCAAACCAUUUGUACAGUAUGCACAGUUAAAAGCCCAUGAAGUGACCCACACCGGGGUUAAACCAUACCUUUGUGACCAGUGUGGGAAAGGCUACUGCUACAUUCAAAAACUCAAAGCUCACCAAUGUGUCCACACUGGGAAGAGACCAUACAGAUGUGACGAGUGUAAGAAGAUUUUUACAACUUUGGGUUCCCUGAAACAACACGAGCAGAUCCACAGCAGAAAGAAAGCAUUCAAUCAGUGUCACAGUAAGAGCGGCACAGAUCUGCACACUGAACACAACCUGAACACCUGCCGAGAAGAUUUCCCUACGCCGGGUUCAGUCCAAGUUCCUGAAGUCGUCCACAAACUUAAAGUCCUUGAGAUCAGGCUCCACAGAAUUCAGCAGAGCGGCACAGAUCUGCACACUGGACACAACCUGAACGCCUGCCGAGAAGAUUCCCCUACGCCGGGUUCAGUCCAAGUUCCUGAUGUCGUCCACAAACUUUAAAGGAUCAGCUCCUCCCUUGGCCUGUAGUGUAAAGCAUUUUAUUAAAAUUGUUGUUUUUUUUUUGCGAUUUUAAUGCCUCACUGAGAUCAGACAGCCACAGUUUGUCUGCACAUGCUGUUUACUGGUUGGACAAGCAUUCGCCGCCUCCACCACAUAUCGUUUCUCUCCCUGUCAUGGGACUUCAACACACCUUGAAAAAUGGCUCGAGGAACACGACCAAGAGCUCCAAACUGUUGAUUGAUGACUUCCAGACUUCCCAAAUUGGAUCUAUGGAGGCUCCACCACAGGACCCAAGGGAUCCACCACCAACCUCCAUCUCCAGAAGUUCCAUCUUCGUGCCUUGGAGGUCUUUCAACACUGUGGAAAAAGUCCCAAAAAGUCCCAGUUCUAAGUAGGAAAUGGAACAAUGGAGGUUUGUUUUGUCGGCCUACAUGUUGAAUUUUACAUUUUUUAAACAAAGAUACUGGACCAGAAGAAAGAAGAAUGGCUGUUUGACUUUAAGCAACCAGCGUCAAGACCUCAACAUGAGUUAUUCAGGAGCGUAAACACUGGAAACUUGACUAAAAGAGCUUCUAGUAGAAGGUUCUUGAAGUCGGAACAUGAAGAAGUAAACAACCCAACAUCAGGCUGGUGGAUUUAAUGUUGUGGCUCUUCAGUUUAAGAGUAAGAAGGCAGUUUUCCUUGAUGAUCUCUGAGUCGUUUUUGUACUUAAGCAGCAUUAACGGAGCUUUAAUUCUCCAUGUUGAAGCCGGUAAUGAAGGCCACAGAUACCAAAGAGGUGGAAACGUCUGCUGAAGGAACAACUUGACGUAUUUCUGUUGUGUUUACUAAAAAAAAGGACUUUUUGUAGUUUGAAAAUAUUAAUUUCUAUCAGUAUUGAAGGAGCUUUGCAACCAAAAAAAGUUCAAUUUUAAUAGUUUUUUGGGGUUGGAUGUUGACAGAAUAUUUAAAGAUGUCAACUUUGAUGUAAUUUUACAGCUUUUUUUAAUGUUUAAAUGUGUUAUUAACGAGGAACUAAAUGUUAAAAGACUCUUUGUUUGUUGUUUGACCAAUCAGUUUGUGUAAAAGAAACCUAAAAGUUGGGGAUUAUAGCUGCAACUGAGACACAAAAAAUGUUUUAAAGUCUGUUGUUGAGUUUCACAGGCCUGUUUUGUGUUUAAUUGUAUGUUUUUUUUAAAUACCAUAAAAUCUGAAAAAUCACUGGAUUUCCAACUUUCUGACAGUCCCUGAACAAUACGUGUGGUGUUUAGUUCCCUUUAGACAAAUUAACCAUAAUUAAGCUUCCAUUUUUAUCAAAUUCAUAUAAUUCUACUCAAGUCCUUUAAUAAUCCUUCAAAUAUAAACCAUUUGCACCAACCACAUUCUGUAAAAAAAACCAAAAAAACUUUUAGGCAUGUUGUGUUUUUUUGUGUCUUUUGCAAAAUAAAAAUCCCAAAAUUGCACCAUA